UUCAUUUUAAACAUAUGCGUUAUCUUGCCAGUUUACUGUUCAAGAACAAUAGAAACGUUUUUUUUUUGUUUUUUUUUACUUCUAAAACAGAACCGAUACAGGGGUAAAUAUUUCUAAUUCAACUCUGACUUUCAAAUUCAGUUAGUGUGUCAUUUUGUAAUGAAAAACACGCAGUUCUAAUGGCAGGAAUGCACGGUUUCUUGGGGCUGGUCUUAGAUCAGCAUAUAUCCAUAAUAAACACACGGUCCACAUUAACACCGCAUUAGAAACUGUCUUCAGGUCUGUUUAAACGGGAGACGAAAAAAGCCCGCCCCUUAGGAGGUUAACGCACACCCUGGCUUCCACCUCCGGUGUCGCGAAGCCGCCAUAUUUGUACCAGAAAAAACAUAAAUAAAGAGUUUUUCAAAGCCUUCUCUACAGCUGAACUCCUGACAGAAAGAGACCCACGUCUGGAGGCCAACAGUUACGAGACUGGCCAAGAAAAAAGGUAAAACCUGCGUUUAUCUAACGUGCUAACCAUCUGCAUGUGUAGAAGCUAACGGCUAACACGGCCAGCUGGUUAACAGCGGAAUAAAAAAGGUCCUCACUUCCUGUCAAGUGUUUCAACAUAAAAUAUAGCCAGUAGUUUCCGAAAAAAUCUAAGCACACAAGUACAAUAAACAAUUCGCGGAAAUGUCGCAUGAUUUCGUUUUAUAUUUCCUAUAAUUAGCAUUUUUGUCAUGAUUUAGCAAUGCAAAUUUAACACUUUAACACAAUUCCCUCCAACUUGCAGUCAAAUGCUGAUCUCUUUCCAUAGAACAAGAAGGGAUGUUUUCUUAGCAUUUGGAGACGUUAAAACUCCUUGAAUAUACCUAGUGGGGAAUUCAUAUGGAAGGUUACUCCUUUCUAUUUCCCGUUAUUAUGAUAUUUUAAAUAGCUUGUAAGAAUGCGAAAGUUUAUUAGCGUAAUUUGUCAAACUCGUAUUGUGAAGGUUAAAAUAACAACAUCCGGCUGGGUAACGGCCGCCUCUCGCUAACUUUGUGCAGUAAACAAGCCUAGAGGAGCCCGACAGGCUGCAGUGGCGCCUAAUGUCCACGUUUUCCGUAUUUUGAAAUAAAGUUUGCACAUCAUCAGUUCUUUCUACGUAUCGCGGAACUUUAAAAGCCCACAACUGCUCCUCAAACUGGGGAGCUUCUUCUAUCUAGCCGGCUAGCGUGCUAACAUUAGCAGAGAGGUACAGCCCGGCUGGCCCCUAACAAACCUGGACACGAUGUCGCUAGUGGACCUGGGGAAGAGGCUGCUGGAAGCAGCUCGGAAAGGUCAGGAUGAUGAGGUCCGAAACCUGAUGGCCAAUGGGGCUCCAUUCACCACCGACUGGUUGGGGACGUCCCCUCUCCAUCUGGCUGCUCAGCACGGUCAUUACUCCACUGCAGAUGUCCUGCUGAGAGCUGGCGUCAGCAGGGAUGCCCGCACCAAAGUCGACAGGACCCCUCUUCAUAUGGCUGCUGCCGAGGGUCACACAGUCAUCGUAGAGCUGCUGGUCAGGAGCGGAGCCGACAUUAACGCCAAAGACAUGCUGAAGAUGACGGCUCUUCACUGGGCCGCCCAGCACGGGCACCACGGCGUGGCUGAAACUCUCAUUAAGCACGGCGCCGACGUCCACGCGCUCAGCAAGUUCGACAAGACGCCGUUCGACAUCGCAGUCGACAUCCAGAACACGGAACUGAUGCUGCUGCUGCAGGAGGGAAUGCAGAACCAAGUUAACAUGAACCAGGUUAACAUGAACCAAGUGAGUAUGAACGUGGAGACCAGCAGCGCCAACAGCCAGCCACAGUUCAUCAUCCAGGGGAUCCCUGCCAUCCAAGGGGGCGUGGUCAACCUGGCCGAGCUCCUAAACAAGGCCAACGCUGGAGAUUCAGAGGAGGCAAUGGCUGCCAGCGCUCUGGACUCAAACAUCCAGCAUGCUGCUGUCGUCAACGAGGGUGGUCAGCGAGUCAUCACCAUAGUAACGGACCAGCACGGCAACCUGCAGACUACCGGAGGGAUGGCGCAGCCGUUCUUUGUCACAAUGCAGCACGGACAGCAGAGUACGGCGCUCCGGCAGCCUUUCCGUCAGAUGCUGGCAGUGCCCGCCAACACCGUUACAGAGGAGGUGGUGACAGAGGAGCCCCAGCCUCCGCCCGCUAGGAAGAGGAAGCUGGAGGUAACCAACAACCACAAUGACACGGGCGAGACGGAGCUGCUGCAAAGGCAACUACUGGAGGCCAACAGAAAGGCUCAGGAGUACCGACAACAGCUGCUGCGCAAGGAGCAGGAAGCCGAGGAGUACCGCAUCAAGCUGGAGGCCAUGUCCCAAAGUCAGGCAAACAGCACCAACGCCAGCACAGCCGGCAGCGCCGCCGCCAACGCCGCCAGUCCCGAUGAGGUGGUUGGAGGGGAAGAUGAAGAGGAGGGAGGUGCCAGUGUGGUGGAAGAAGAGGGUGAGAUGGUGGUGCUGCAGGAGGGCGGCAUCAUCAUGGAAGGAGAGGAGGGGCAGGUGACUCUGGUGGAGACGGGGGGAGAGACAACACAGAUUGUGGAGCUGGUGGUGGACAACAGUCGCUCGGCUGACGGGGAGGUCGAGGGCCUGACGGACGACUUCACGGAGCUGGAGUUCCUCAGCAUGGUCAACGUGGGGCUGAACUCGCUGUCGAAGCUGCCCUCUCUGCCCAAACUGCACAAGCUGGAGCUGAGCGACAACAACCUGUCAGGGUCUCUGGCAAUUCUGGCGGAGAAAUGUCCCAACUUGACCUACCUCAACCUGAGCGGGAACAAGAUCAAAGAGCUGAGCACCGUGGAGGCACUGCAAAACCUGAAGAGCCUGCAGAGUCUGGACCUGUUCAACUGUGAGAUCACGUCUUUGGAGGACUACAGGGAGAGCGUGUUCGAGCUGCUUCCACAGGUCACCUACCUGGACGGGUUCGACCAGGAGGACAACGAGGCCCCCGACUCGGAGGCUGAUGAUGAAGAUGAGAACGGCGAGGAAGGGGCAGGGCCCACUGGCGAUUACGACGAUGAUGACGAUGAAGAGGAGGAUGAAGACGGCUCUGAGGGAGGAGAGGUGGGGUUGAGCUUUCAGGUGAACCAGGGCAAUCAGGUGGGCAUCUCAGGCUUUCGCCUGCAGGAUGAAUAUAACGACGAGGAGGACGACUUUCCAGAUGACGAAGAGGAGCAGGCCGGCGUUCAGGGAGAAAAGAGGAAGAGAGACGUAGAUGACGAAGGAGAGGAAGACGAUGACGACGAAGACGACUAGGCGUCCAGCCGGCUGCCGUCCGUCCGUCCGUGUGUCAUCCUGUCCCGUCUCUGUCCGUCUCAGUCCUCCUCCGGGCCCGACCUCCACCAGACAGCAGCCGCGGCGCUGCGACCUCAGAUAGUUGGUUUCAGUUUGUAAUAGAAUCACUUGUUUAUUUUUAGACGAUAUAUGAGAUUUACAGAGGAAGAUUUUAUCUGAACUUUACCUGUCGGUUCCAGCUGAAGACUCCACAUGUUUCCCUUUAAAAACCUGGUUCAGGAUCAAACUUUCUGUCUGUCCAGUAAGCCUCCCUCCACUCCCUGGACUCCGGUCCUCAUCUAAAACGCCCUCCUCGCUCCGAUUCGCGCAUCAUGUUCCUCAAGCACAGAAACCAUCAUGAAAAGGGUUGAUUUUCUUUAGGACCUUCAGGGAUACGUUUUCACUGACUGGUAAAAAAGAGGGCCUUCAGAGGGAGAAGACGCCAGGACCGCUUGUCCCACAUUGGCACCUUCUAACUGGAGACACGUAGCGGCAGUACCAUCACAACAAGCUCUCCUCUCGUGGUUUUCUGGGACCAGGAACGCACCACCAGACUCCUCUCCUCCACCCUGUCCCGCUCAGUGGCUCUCGCAUCGCAUUUGAGGUUUGAACGUAGCCCGAACUCCCACCUACAGCUCCCGGGCGCAGAAAAUUCCUCUUUUCCUAUUCCAGCGGGACUGAACCGGUCUCUGUCAUCUCCACCGGUUUGCGGAGCCGGAGCUCCGGUCAGGUCUUCACAUCACACAAGUCAACGCAGCUAUGUUUUUAUGAUGGUUUUAGUCCGUUAUUUUCAAUUUUUUCUUCUUGGAUCAGCUUUGAAGAAAGAAAAAAAAAAAAGAUUUUCAACCUGCCAUCUUAGAUGUGUGUCCCACUUGGCUACCAGGAGCCCCUCAGAUGCGUUGAUCCAGUAACCACGGAGGCCUGCAGCUCCCAGUUUUCUUCUUCUGAACUCCCGAGCUUAAAACCAGACAGAGCAUCGGCUUUUCACCCAAUGAACCCCCCCUUCAUUUUAACCGAGAACACGACACCGGCGCACCGCAGCCAUAUCACCUCUGGACUCUGGACAGAUGAGGGCGCCCCCUUCAGGAGCUCAUAUCCAGUCAGGGAAGUCACAUGCUUCAGUGGGGGAUCACAUGGACUCUGCCGUCUCCACCCCUUCAUAGUUAGAAAUAUGCAGACCUGCUGUAGCUCAGGUCCACUGCGGAGAUCCUAGUCAUGACGUUGUUCCAGUGUGUGUUUGAUUUAUCGUAGGGAUUUUGUCGGGGAGAUAGUGGGCGGGUGAGAGGGACUAUUAGCUCUUUUUUCUUUUGUUGUUUUGUUUUUUUCUUUGUCAAUGUGUUGAUUUUCUUCUUUGGUUUAUGUGUUUCUUGAUCAGCGGCAGUUGAUGUUUUUAGAUAAAAAAACAACAACAACGAGUGGCUCAUUUCUGGUUCCCUGGAAACAUUCUGACCAGCGCUGCAUCACAACCCAACCCUUAGUGUACCCCGAAAGCCCGUGGUGCGUUCAGGGGAUCUCUGUGUUGUCUGUGAGUUUUUCUUUUAGUUAAAAAUGUGAAAACUAUUUAAAGGGAGAAAAAUUUAAAUAUUCAGUUUUCCAGUUCUCAACAGAGCAGCAUUGGGGUUCGGCUUACACUGGUUGAUUCGAGUUUUAAAGAUAAUCUUUCUUUUUUUGUCUAUGCAGAACCAGUCAUACACAUAAAAGUGACUAACUAAUGUAGGACAGCAAAUAAAACCCUGGAAUCACAACCCCGAUCCGCUCAAUGAAUAAUAACUUAAUUUAGGGGGGAAAAAGGAAAACUUUAAUUACACAUUUCUAAACUUCUAAACUAAAUGUAAACCAUGUGCACAUGUAACCGAGUGUAAAAACCUGAGGUGAGUUCAGGAGUUGCUUGAACUCACCACUCCAGCUGGCAGAUAUGCGGUGCUUUUAGGACACUGAGGACAGCAGCUCACCUCCUUGACUCCUUCCCUUACCUCCUUACCUCCCUUUCAGUCUCUCCUACUGGAAAUACAAAUUGAGGAGCAUUUUAAAAACAUUGGGCAUCUUUUGUUGUUUGGCACGGCUGCAAAACCCGCUCAUUGUUUUAGUUCAAACCAUUUUUAUGCAUUACAAAAUGGACAUUUAUCCAUUUUUAAUUCGGUUUACACUUUAAAAAAGCGGCGUCUCUCCUCUCUAGUAUUUUAGAUAAUCAAAUCGUCUUUAAGGUUAUUUUGUUUUUCCAAGUAGAGGCCAGGACGACGAUGCCCAAAGAAGAGUAAUGACAAAAGAGGCGUUGUUUCCUUCAUCUUUGCUGUUACAGGAGGCGGAGCCUGAAACUGCACAUCUGUCAUUUGAUCAGUUUUUCGGGUGGAGCUGCCGCGCAUUGUUUUUUCAGCAGCCUUCUUCUUCUCGCUCUGUCAAAGAGGACCGAACCCAACCAGGAAAAAAAAAGUUAUCUAUUGUAUUCAGCCUAAUUUUUUUUAAGUGUGCAAAAUGCUGAUAAACCGGAAGGGUGGUUUUAUUUGUCCAGGUUUGUUUCUCUUCUGGUGUGUCCUGUCUGGUCCUGAUGAUGAAGCAGCAAAUCUCUGCCCAGCUGCCAUCAGUGGAAUUGCUGUAAACCUUUAGCUUUUCUACUCUUGGAAGCCACACGUCAUCCUAAGGACACCUUAUUGUUUAGCUGUGACUCCAGACGGGACCUUUUUGUGUUCCGACUUUAACAUCUUCUGAGAUAUAGUCAAGAUGUUUUGGUUUGUGUUUUUUCCACAUUAGUCUAGCGUUUGAAAAAAAUUCAACCGUUAAAAAUCAGAUUUUGAACUUUUUUGAUAGGAAACUUGAUAUUUUUGUGUUUUUUCUUUCUUUUUUUCCUUUUUUUUUAAAGUUCCAAUUCUAGGCAGCAAUUUACAAAUGACAAUAAGUUCUCACCCUGGUUCAUUCUGGCUUUAAAGUCAGUGAUGAGUCUAGAAAAGAAGCCAGGCGCAGGGCUGUUGUAAACAGGUGUGUUACUAUUCAGAGUGUGAAGGCCACAUCCGUCUGGCUCUCUGAGGUCAGGCUUUCUUAGGCAGUGUUGUGAUCGGUCCUGCUUCAGUUUCAGGUUGGCUUUUUAUUCCACAAAAGCUUUGAAGACUCCCUCUUUCUGUUUGUUUUUUCUGCACAGAGGUUGUAGUAGAAUCCCCCUUUGACCCUUCAUCUCGGCUCCUCCGUCAGCCCUUCCUCAUCCCCUCUGUUGGGGAAAACUGUGUUUGACUUUUUGUGGUGUAACUAAAACAUGUUCAGGGGUUUUGAAUAAAAAAUACAAAAAGAGAA